AUGAACCGGACACUAACAGACAAUACCAGAGCCAUAAAUGUGGCAGCCAGCCUCGGUGAUCCUCAACAGAGGACAAUCUUUGCCAAGGAGAGAAUAUCCAUUCCUGGAUACUACGAGAUCAUCCAAUUCUUGGGCAAGGGUGCCUAUGGGACAGUGUGCUCCGUGAAGUUUAAAGGUCAGAACCCACCCGCUAAGAUAGCGGUGAAAAAGAUUAGCAACAUCUUCAAUAAGGAAAUCCUUUUGAAAAGGGCAAUCCGUGAGUUGAAAUUUAUGAACUUUUUCAAGGGUCAUAAAAACAUUGUCAAUUUAAUUGAUCUUGAGAUAGUGACCAGCUCACCGUAUGACGGGCUAUAUUGCUACCAGGAACUCAUUGAUUAUGACCUGGCGAAAGUCAUACAUUCGUCCGUGCAGCUCUCGGAGUUCCACAUCAAAUAUUUUCUAUACCAGAUUCUGUGCGGUCUAAAGUAUAUACAUAGCGCAGAUGUAAUCCACCGAGAUUUGAAGCCAGGAAACAUCUUGUGCACUUUAAAUGGGUGUCUGAAGAUCUGCGAUUUCGGUCUCGCUAGAGGUAUUCAUGCCGGGUUUUUCCAAUGUCAUUCGACUAUACAGCCCCAUAUAACCAAUUAUGUUGCUACAAGAUGGUACAGGGCGCCUGAGCUGCUUUUGUCCAACCAACCGUACAACAAAUCCGUUGACAUAUGGGCCGUCGGAUGCAUUCUUGCAGAAUUCUAUGCUAGGAAGCCCGUAUUCAUGGGACGUGACUCCAUGCAUCAGAUUUUUGAAAUCAUCAAAGUUUUGGGCACCCCUGAUAAAGAUCUUUUGAUCAAGUUCGGUACUAUUAAAGCCUGGAAUCUCGGCAAAAGCAGUAAUAACCCUGUAUAUAAGAAAAUCCCAUGGUCCAAUAUUUUCCCGUUUGCCUCGCAUGAAGCUAUUGAUCUCAUAGAGUCUCUACUCCAUUGGGAUUCGACGCACAGAUUAAAUGUGGAACAAGCCAUAUCACAUCCGUUCCUGAACGAAGUAAGGAAGCCAGAUGACGAACCUGUUUGUCUUCAAGGCCCUUUUGACUUCACUUAUGAAUUCGAGUUAAAUUCAAUGCCUAAAUUAAGAGACUACUUGAUUGAGGAAGUAAAUAGUUUCAAAACCGAAUUAACCUCCUCGUCUUUAUAG